AUGCUCAAGGCCCUCAUGGGCGGGGGCCGCUCCUCCUCCGAUGUUCGCGAUAGCUCUAGAUCCAAGGGUGGCAGUCGUCGCAAGACAAGCUCCAAAUCUUCCGCUUCUUCGACGGUGAGCCGCAAGUCCUCACGGGGUGACGACCGUGGCCGUGGCUUGGGUGAUCUGUCCGCAUACCCAUCCUCGAGUAGUCGCAGCAUGCGCUAUGCAUCCAGCGCAGCUGGCGACUCGGUAGCCUCGAGCUAUGCGACCGCGCAACCGAAUUUUUCUGAGGAGUCCGAGCGCAUUAUCAUCGAACGGGUGCCCAAGCGCAGAGACUCGGACCGCGAUAGGCGCGACGAUCCGUAUCCAGACAAUCGCGACAGGGAUUGGAAGAAAGACAGUGGUAGACGUGACGUUGAUGAUAGCUACCGCCCAGAGCAGCAACGAACCCACUCGGGGGAUCCAUACUUUCCCCCCAUGGCAACCGGUGGCGUGCCUUUCUCUGCGCCUGGCGCCCCGUAUACCCCGAUUCCGACUACCCAAGGCCCUUCGCAGUCCCCAUUCCCGGCAACUUCCAUGUCGAGUCCGCCUGGAAUCCCCGCGGUUUGUGAUCCGCAUGUCCAGCAGCAAUUUCCUGGACAGUUUCCGACCUCCUUUGCCGAGCCUUACCGUCCUCCAAACCCUGCAGGCGAAGCGGCUGAUUACUAUAACGAUCAGGGACAGUCGGUCACUGAACAGCCGGGCGUUCGCCCUAAGCCACCACUCGUGAUUCCGAAUAGCCAAGCGCACUUGAUGACCGCCUCACCGUCUUCGAAUCCGCCCCCCGAGCCUAGUAGUAUGGGACAAGUUGGUGCCGCCGCUUCAUAUUAUGACGGGGAUGUCGGCGUGCAUAUCCAAACCUCUGAACAACCGUCUGCGCCCCAACCACCAAAGCCUUCCAAGCCAUCGCACACCGCAGCGGAGACGGCUGGGAUACUUGGUACAGCGGCUGCAACCUAUGGGAUAGGAAAUAGCUUUUCCAACAAUGUUGUCACAGAGUCGCCUACAACGUAUGCCCCUGCUGCUUCGUCAAAUUUUCAAAAGCCUCCUCUUCCUCCUCUUCCUCCCCCUCCUCCCCAGGCCCAGGCCCAGGCCCAGUCCCAGUCCCAGUCCCACAGUAUGGGUGCUGCAGUUGGUGUUGCCGCCGCCGGUGCCGCAGCUGGUUAUAUGUUGGGGCAUACCCAUCAUUCAUCGUCAAGCGGUGAUCACACCUCGCAAUACACCAUGCAAAACUACGAUGAAGUCUCUCAGCAUGGACAAGGAUUUCCUGCGACAUCAGGAUAUUCUCCUGUAGGAAAUCCGGCGCUUCAUGAAGCGGGUGCGGCAGGUACAGCAGCAGCAGCAGCAGCAGGAUAUGCUGCAAGCCCGCUACAUCCCCACCAUGCUGCAGUUCACCACGGAGCUCCCUUCCCCUCUGGCGGCUUGGCUUUUCAGCAGCGCCAGCGUGGGCCUCUGGAUAAAUUCUUGGAUUUUUGGCGUGACUACGAGGGAGUGGGAAUGUUUGAAGACUACACUGAGACCAUUGGCGUUUGCAAGUACUGCUUCGAGCCGGGAACUACUUCUCGAGAUGCUCCGCGAGUCCAUCACUAUAAAGCCCGACGUCGAUCGUCAGAUCGCACCAGUGACGACUCUCGCGUCCAAAAGGCAACCCGUUACGCCUCGUCAGAAGAUGAAAGUCGACGCCGCAAGUCCUCGAAAAAAUCAUGGCUGCUUCCCGGAAUCCUUGGUGGAUACGCUGUCAAGUCUCUCUUCGAGAACAAGGACUUUGAUGACACUUACAGUAUCCGAUCUGGUCAGUCCGUCAGUGUAUCUCACGACAGUGAGGGAACAUCGGCCUCUGCGAGAAGGAGUCAGACAUCGCGCGGUGUUUAUCGGCGCCCCCACCGCAGCCGUUCUCGAGAGCGCAUGGGCCGCAGCGACUAUCCUGAUCCGGCAGUAACCAAAUAUGACAGAUCCCAGAAAGGUGCUCGCUCUCGCUCGCGCUCUUCGUCUCGACCCAGGCACCACGAUCUUCGAGAUGCCGCCAUCGGGGCUGCCGUAGGGACAGCGGUUAUGACGGUUCAAUCCCAUCAUCGAACUGAUAGCCCAAACCGCUCUCCCAGAAGGGCUCGCAGCCGCAAGUUAUCGUCCUCUGAGUCAUCUUUUAUGGAAAUUACAAGACCUGACGAACAAUCACGAGGUGGCUUCGGUUCCUUUUUCACCGCCCCAUCAGAGAAUCGCAAAUCGCGUCGAAGAAGACGAUCAAGGAGUAUCUUUUCGUUCACCAAUUCAUCUUCCUCCUCCCUUGACGUCGAUCUCGCUUUCGGAAAGGGGUUUACAAAAAAGCUCAAAGGUAAGUCUAAGAAGCGAAGCCCCAGGCGAGAGAAAAAGGAACACGAUGUAGAUGCGAGAUUGCUGGCGCUGGGAGCGACAGCAACUGCACUCGCUGCUUCUUCGCAUCAGAGAGAUCGACGACCAGGAGCGAUCCUAGCCGGCCAAGGUUCUCGCUCUGGUCGAUCGGAUUAUACAGCCUCUGUUAGCAAUGAUGACGGCUGGGAAGAUAUGGAGUCGGAGGACCAAGCCUCGAGCGUUAGUUCGGCGCUUGCGUUCGGCGCAAGUGGCAGGUUCGGAAGCGAUGACUCCCAUUCUUCGGAUUCCAGCUCUCGGUCAGGCUGGGGCUGGGGCUGGGGAGGCAAAAAUGAAAACAAGACGAAGAAGAAGAGGAAGAGGAGGAAGAGGCGCCCGAGUCCAUCCGAGAAUCACUUCCCGGCUGGUGCUGCCGUUGCUGCUGGAGCUUUAGGAACAGCCGCAUUAGCUUCUGCUUACCAUCGAGACCACAAAGCCUCUAGCCAGGCUGGCAGCAGCAGUGCCAUGAACCUUCAGCAAGUGGCACCAAUCCCGACCUCCGAUCCCUCUCGUUAUGAUGCUAUUCCCGAAUCGUCAUUCCCUGUCCAACCACCACUAGUUCGGCCGGGUCCUAUUCCUCUCCAACAGCCUCAGCCGAUGAUGCCGGUGUCUCAAGCUGUCUAUACUACACAAGGUGGACCGAUCGGGUCAUGUAGUGCACCGACUAUCCCUCCUGCCUUCAGGAGCCCAUUCGAGUCGUACGAAUCGCAGGUGCGCGAGGUAAACCGGGGCCAGUGGAAUAUAAGGAAUUCGGCCUAUCCCGAGCGCAGGGAAACAGGCCCCGAAAUAACUCGUCGUCAUCAGCGGAGUGACUCAACCCCCCUCUUCCAUACAGAGCCCUUGGAGGGAGCCCCUGGCCUCGGUUUGAAACGCCGUUCCACAACUAAAGAUCAACCGUCUGUUCAGUUCGAUUUGACCAAGGAGCAAGAGGAUAAAGAACGCCGCACGGUCCGCUUAGAGGGAUUGAAGCGUGAACCGGAGCGCGAAGAUUGGAUACAGCUCAUUGAUAAGGAGAAUGCUGUGGAUCCCCGUGAUCCUCGUUAUGGUUCACAACGAUAUAGCGAGCGGGAUUAUGACCGGCCUAUUGCAAUGGAACAUGACACGAGAGAAGACGCGAGCAGGUCAUCUUCAUGGGCCGGUGCAGUUGCUGCAGGUACAAUCGGUGCUGCAGCUGCGGCCACAGUUCUUUCUAGAAAGUCUUCGGACGAUGAUGCCUCUGAGAUGAGCGAGAGGCGGCAUAGCGAACGCCGAGCGAAGCGCAGACAAGAGAGGCGCAGUGUUACCGGUUCUCAGUCUACAUUUUCUGAUCUUUCAGAGAAAAUCCAGAAAAUCGAGGUGAUUGAAGAUCCCGAUUCUACGACGAGUCCGUCAGAGCACGUUAAAACAUCCGCGUUUCGCAGUGUCUCUCGCAAGAAGAGCCCUGUGCACGAGGACUAUGCGGAGUUCUUCUUCCCUGAGAAAUUGCGUCACAGUCCCGAUCAUUCCAGUUCACGUGGAUCUCCUACCAUGCCUACGAUUAUCGAGAUAGAGCCUGCGAGUGAGUCCUUGCGAAAAAAACAACCUGAGGAGCCACAACCUGAUCCACUAGAUGGGCCACAUUAUGCCGGCGGUAGAUUGCCCUGGCCUGUUCCGUCCUUGAAUGUUAUUGAGCCUACGCCGCCUCAUAGUGUCAACGGCUCUGUCAAAGAUGCCUCUUCGCCCAUUGUUGCGCCAUCAGAUCCACAUCCAGUAGAGGAGAAGCCUGAACGACCAACCACUGGUUCUCGAGUGUCUUGGGGAGAGCAUGAGACGCACGAGUACGAAGUUCCAUCUACCUCUUCUGAGCAUGAUUCAGUCGAUCUGGAGCAGCGGCAACACGAUCACGACUACGAAGCGACCGCAAAAGGAACUCCCGGCUAUACUUAUGUCACACCGUCCUCCAGUGCUCCAGAUGGGUUUAUAGAAGACGUUGAUUUUGCCGCUACGGUAGCUGCCGCAACCCAAGCAGCGGGCUUCGAUCCUUCCAUAGUGACGGAUGAUCCAACGUUCUAUGAGAGGACCUCACGCCCUGGCUCCGAAGUCAGAGACAGCUCUAUGUCUCCUACAACUAGGGAACCAUAUCCCCCUGCACUGGUCCACGGGCUUGUCCGGAGUGACAUGGAGACAACAGAAACGGGAACAGCUCAGUUCUUUGAGGACAGGCCUGUUUACGCUGACCCUGAGUCCUCUCUUCCUAAAGAUCAAGUUGAAGAUACCCCCGGAUUUGAAAUCCCAACACAUGGUGCUGGGCCGGUGAUGGAAGAGAUUGAACACACAGUUGUUAAGUCCGGGAGCAAAGAAGCUCCGUGUGAGAUCCAAGAACCUAGGGACUUUCACGAGAAGGCAAUCUCAGACGACCUGCCAGAAGAAUCUGAGUCAACUCCUGAGGAACUCUUUUCAAUGCCAGGAGGUUUCGAUGUCGAGGAGCCGUCCAAGAGAUCGCAGCGGAAACGUGAUUCGUCCAUUCCAAAGGACGGUUCUCAUUCAACGGCAGGAGAAUUGGAGACUCAAGAAAAACCCAGAGAUAUUGCCAAUAUCGAUCUAAAUGACGUUACUGGUUCAAAUAUUGCUGAAGAUGAUAGCACUGAUAAGAAGAGGAGACGGAAGAGGCGCUCAUCGUCCGUCACGUCCUCCAGGGUCAAUGCGGGCGACGCGGGUGAGAAGCGCAGAAGUACUGAUGACAAUGACAAUGACACGAAAUCUGGCGGUUUCCUCCUCAACAGCAUCUUCGGAUCUAGAGUGUCCGAACCAGUAGAAAGCAGGAGAUUAUCAGAGACGCUCGUAUCUCGCGAAGUUCAAUCAGAAAUUGGCCCACAGACGUCUGAAGAGUUUGGACGUCCACAGAAAGAAAAAUCCUCCCGACAUCGCAGCUCUAGUGGGGCAGAGUCCUUGGAUAAUGAUUCACGAUCUUAUGACGGUGGUGCUUUGGACUAUGAAGACAGUUUGACUGCAAACAAGGAGAACAUCAACCUUGAGAGCUAUAAGUCAAGCAGGCGACGAAGGGAAGAACGGCGAAGGCAAAAGGAAACGGAUGGCUUGGGUGUCACGACGGAGUUCGAUAAGGAUCGAAGAGCCACUCGUGACAGUGAUGGAGAAGAAUCUUUUUUAGUCGAGGGCCCCGAAAUGCCACGCAGGGACGACGACGAUGAUUACAAUGGUGCUUCGGGGCGUUACUUUCCAGCAGAUACGGAGACCAAAGGUUUAGGGCUGGCACUUGCUCAACGGCCCAGAAGUCACUCGGCAUCCCCGCCGGUAUCAGAGAAACUAUCGGACGAACCUGUCCCCAGAUCUCAUAGUAGAUCAGCCUCGCCUGAUGCGGCCCUGGUACAGGGGGAAGAUGACGGUCAAAGGUCCCGACGAUCAUCAGUUCUACGGUCUACUGACUCUCCUACCGCAGUUCCUUUGCAGUUCCGUCGACCACCCACAUCUCCUAGGAUGCAACGAUCGCCGUCUGCUAGCUCGCCCACGGCAGUCCCCCCAACUUCUCCGACACAGGGCCGAUCUCGCCGCCCUAAUUCCACUGAGUUCAAAAAUUCCCGCGAGAUCCGACCUCUAUGGCUAGUUGAGCGCCACGGUGCGAGCAAGAUGGAAGCCGGCCCGGACGAGCCCUUGCCGUCACUUCCUCCAAGCAAGCCUUCUUCGGCGAGCUCAUCUGUAGAAGACCUCACAACCCUCCGCGAUCAAAACGCUUGGGAGCUGCCAGAAUUCAGCCAUCAGAUUCACGGGGCUGCCGACGAAUACUAUGCCCAAGAUGAUGUCGCAGGCUCCCAGCAAGGUACUCCUACUCGCGCAACUUUCAGCCAAAGCCAUAUGCAUGUACCUCAUCUGUCAAGAAAGGCAGAGCUCGGCUAUGAGUUCCACUCUCCUUCGGAGCUCUUGCAAGACCCAAUUGCGUCCGCUGAGUUGCCUCCAUCCCCCACGUUGGAUAUCCUACCUUCUGUUGAAGGUUCCGCAGUGGGAGUGCGAGACGAUGAUAAUGGUAUAAAACGUGACCUGGAAACCCUUCCUCCUCUUCCUGACCCCCGACCAUCCACACCGGAGGAUAAGAUAAUUCGUCUUUCUGACACCGAGACGACUCCAACUCAAGAGAAGAUGGGCCUGGCCCCGGCAGCGGACAUGCCAGGUCUUAACCAAGGUCCUGGCUUUGCUGGAAUAGUCGACGCUGCUGUUGCUCAUGUCCCGGCUGAUCCCCCUUACCCUGAAAGGGAUAUUCUCGAGAAAUAUCAACCCGAUCACGUUGAGGAGGACGAGACCGCUAGGGCUGUCACCGGGGACGAUAUGCCUGCAUUGACUGAUGUUCCAGCUCUGACUUCCGCGCUCGAGGACAAAGAACAACACACUCGCUCUUUCGAGUCGACAACCCCCCGGGGAUUCGCCUCAAUCGUUGAUGCGGCCGUUGCGGCGGAAAAGGAAGUCACACCUGGGGAGCCAGCCGUACCCGGUGACUUACCUGGCGACGAAUCUAAGGCUGACGUCUUUGUUGAUACUCUAGAGGCAGGCAAGGACUCAGAAGCGGAGCUUCCAAGGUUUGAAACUCCCGUUAUUCCUGCUGUAGCCGAGGAAGUCUCUGAAGAGGUUGCAAAAUACGAUGCAGAGCCCAUCACCGAGACUACGGAGACAGUUUCUGAACCCACGGCGAAAGCUCUCGACGAAACCACCAAAUCGCAGCCUGAGAAGAGGGUUGUUGAAAAAGCUCCCGAGGACUCUUCAAAGAACACCACGAAGAAGAAUAAGAAGAAGAAGAAGAAGAAGGGCAAGAGCCUGGAUCUAGAUGAACAGGACCAAGCGCCAUCUACUGAAAUACCGGAGCCCGAAGCUGUGCCAGAAGCUGUGCCAGAAGCUACUGUGGAGACCGUUCAAGAUCCUCUAGUCGAACAAGUCUCUGCUCUUGGGGAAGGAGCAGCCUUUGAAGGAGAGUCGGUGCCUGGAGAGCCUACUUCCGAACAUACUCAUGCCCUUGAUCAGCACCUAGCAGCAGGGAUGAGCUCUGCGAUUGAACCAGCUACCGCAACCGAUGACGUCCUGCCUAUUCUUGAAGAGGUUUCCGCCCCUGGAGAGCCUUCUCUACUAGAGAAAGAACCUGAGACAGGGGUUCUGAGGACUGAUGACGUGCCCGAACCUCCCGAGUCUAUGAAAGCAGCCGAACCUGAAUCUGGACAGCCUGAAGAAACCGAAGAAAUUCCAGCUGACUCGGGUCUCUCCAAAAAGGCCAAGAAAAAGAAGAAGAGAAAGAGCAAGGCUGCUGCCGAGGAGCAACCCACUGCGGGACUUGCUGAUGAGUCCACAGAUCAACCUCCAGCCGAUAUCACUAGUGAAAUCGUUGAGGAGCCUCAGGAAGUUGCCAGGAUAGAUGAACCUAUCGAGUCUGAACGAUCUAUUCAGGACCCCGUUAAUCCGCCGGCAGACCAAGAGGGAGCUGUACCAGCAGAGCCGGUCUCACAGCAGAACGCUCUUGAAACCACCGAGACUCCUCUAGCCGAAGAAAGUACAGGACACUCCCUUGAGCCUACGGAGUUUGUUGAGGCAGUGCCCCGUGCUGAUGAGAUACUUCAAUCUACCUCAGACGUUCUAGUAACUGAAGAAGUUGCGCCGGAGCAGCUGGAUCAAGAUAUUGUCUUGGUUGACCAAGAGACUGCUGUACUAGCAGAGCCAGUAUCACAGGAGAAUGCUCAUGUAAACACUGAGAUUCCUCUAGCUGAAGAAAGUACAGGACACUCCCUUAAGCCUACGGAGUUUGUUGAGGCAGUGCCCCGUGCUGAUGAGAUACUUCAAUCUACCUCAGACGUUCUAGUAACUGAAGAAGUUGCGCCGGAGCAGCUGGAUCAAGAUAUAGUCUUGGUUGACCAAGAGACUGCUGUACUAGCAGAGCCAGUAUCACAGGAGAACGCUCUUGUCACCACUGAGACACUUCAAUCUACCUCAGACGUUCCAGUAACUGAAGAAGUUGCGCCAGAGGAGCUGGAUAAAGAUAUGGUCUUGGUUGGCAUGCCGCUUGAGCAAGAACUUUUGCAAACGGAAGCUCCCGUCGAAGGAGGACUCACAGCACCUGUAGUGGAAGAGUCCAGCCCUGAGGGCCAGCAAACCGCAGAAGCUCUGGUUGAAGACUUGAAAGAGCCCACCGCAGAAACGGUAUCCGAAGCUAGUGUUACAGCUCCAAAACAGGAAGCACAGGAUACAUCUGCUCCUGUUGACACCCAGGUCCCUCCCGAAUCCAACGAGCCAAAGGAAGAAGGUGAAGCUGCGCAGGUGGAACCAGAGACUACCCUGUCACGUAAAGCUAGCAAGAAGAAGAAGAAGAGCAAGCGCAAGGGCACUGCGGAGGCUUUGCCAGAGACCGAAUUAGCAGAUACUCCUCAACCUGAAACUUUGGAAAAAUCAGAGCCGGAGAUUGAGCCUCACCCUGCGCUGGGGGGCGAAGAGCUAGUGACAAAGGAGCACGAGCAAAUUGUCGGCGACAGUAAGGAAAUUCCAACUGAGGCCCAAAAGGAUGAAGCUAUUCCAGAGCCUGUUGUUGAGACGACCAACGAAUCUCAGCCUACAGAGCUGGCGGAGAAGGCGGAAGGCAUUGUUUUAGAGGAACCCGAAGAAAAUCAACCGAAGAAAAAGAAGAAGAACAAGAAGAACCGCAAGUCUUUGAACUUGUCUGAAUCCCAGCCCGAGUCCGAGCCAGAAAUCAAACCGGAGGAGCUGCCACAGGACACUACGACCCAACUGCCCGAAACAAGCGGUGAAGUGCCGCCAACUCCUGCUGAUCCUGAAGAGCAACAACAACAAAAACAACAAGAUGCAGGAACCAAGGAAGAGGCUGCAGAGAUCACGAAUGAUGAUGUUGUUCUUGAAAAUAUUCAAUCUGAGUCCACCCUUCCUGUGGAGAAUAUCGAGACCAAUGAAAGUGAACCACAUAUGUCGAAGCACGCAGAGAUUGAACAGCCAUCUGGGCCUAAUGCGGGGGAACUCCCACAGACAGGAAAGAAAAGCAAGAAAAAUAAGAAAAAGAAACAGUCUAUUUCUUUAACUCCUGAUGAAAGCUCGACGGCAGACAUUGUUGAAGCUUCUGAAGCUUCUGAGACUCCCACUCCUGCUGCUCUUUCCACUACGGACGCAGUCCCAGAUGCUACCGUUGAAGAAGAGCCUGCAGCUCUCAAAGAACCGUCUACCCAUCUAGUUCAAGAACCAGCGGAAGAGAUGUCGGUAGAAAAAGAAUUGCCUGCCGAAACAACAAGCGAAGUCCCUGAUGAUCAGGCUACUUCUGGAUCUGCAACACAAAUGAGUGCUGCUCAGAAGAAGAAGGCAAAGAAAGAUAAGAAGAAGAAGCGUCAAUCUAUGUUGGCAGAAGAGACGGAGGCUUCUGAGCCCGCCAAAGAGACGGCUUUGACCUAUCCUCCGACUGUAGAGGGCCCUACUCCUCAGGACCCCGAGGUGGCUAAGUCUGUUGAGGUUGACCAACCUGAGUUUGUAGAGAUCAUUGCAGAAGAGCAGUCUACUCCCGAGCAGCGCACGGAAGAACCUAUUCCAGAGCAACCCACAGAAGAAGAUAUCAAAAGCGAAGAGCCAGUGCGGGACGAGACGGUGACCACAGAGAUUGUAGAGCCUAUUCAAGAAGAGCCCAAAGAGGUUGAGGACUUGAGUGCACAAACCAAUGCCAUCCCAUCAACCGAUGAGCCAUCGACGGCGAUCGCGGCACAGGUUCAAGAAACCGUGCAGGAUGAGGUUCCCGCUCCUGUCGCAGAACCUACUCCUGUGGCCGAGCAGCCCUCCGAGCCAGUUACUGAUAUUAUUCAAGGCCUUGAGGGCGAGGAGCAGACAAGAGAAAUCGUAGCACAGGCAGGUAUUCAGCAAAGCGACGACCAACCCAAGGACGAGACAACAGUCGAGGCCGAAGUAGCACAGGAUUCCACCAUGGUCGAGCCAAAGGAAGAAAAGGAGACGAGUGAUGACGCCCAAGUCAGUGCAGAAGCUACUCCUGAGACUCCGGUAAAGGAGGAGCCCCAGCCCGCGCUUUCUAAGAAAGAGAAGAAGAAGAAAAAAAAGAAGCGCCAGUCAGUGUCCGCAGAAGGGGAUCAGGCCGGCCCUGCAGCAGAAGAAGCUCCUGCUGAACCUACUCCUUCGAAUCCUCAAGAGACAGGUGAGAACCUUACGGAAGAAAGUUCGGUUACGGGCCUUGAAGCGGCACAUGAUGAAGUCAAAUCUAGUGCCAAGGGAGAGCCUCAGGAGCUGGGAAAAGAUACCGUUACCCAGGAGACUGAGGUUCUCCCAGGUGCUCCAGCUCAGGAGGAGGUUCAGCUUAUCACUCCCGAAGAACAGACUGUUACGGAGGAGCCUGUCCCUCAGGAGGAUAAAGUUCCUGAUCCUGUUAAGGACAUAGAUACGAAAAAGGACCCCGUUUCUGAAGAGCCAGUGACCGAUCCUAUGGAGUCCCAGGAGCAAGACACGCAACCUAAAGAAGAACCCCAGGUAGCGUCUUCGAAGAAAAAGGAGAAAAAGAAAAAGAAAAAGAAGGGACAGUCAAUUUCUCUGGAUGAUUCGCAGCCUACUACUCCUACCAUAGAGGAGCCUACUCCAGAACAACCCUCCGGGGAAAUUACGGAGGCCGUCGUUACUACUGAGCCCGAGGAAACACCCAUUCAGAAUCAAGAUCCCGCGCCCGAGCCAUCUGGUUCUAAGACCCCGGCGGAAGAGACCCAAGAGCUUGAAGUUCAAGAAGAUCUUCCACCGGCUGAGGAAGUUCAGACCGCAACCUCAAAGAAGAAGGCUAAGAAAGAGAAGAAAAAGCGCAAGUCCGUGGUAUUUGCAAGUGAAGAGCCUUCAGAAAAAUCUGCGGAAGCAUCUGAAUCUGCCGUUACUGAGCCGGUGGAAGCCUCAGGAUCAGAGGCGAUUGAGAGUCCUGCGGGCCCUGAGCCAGCUACCAAACAGCCCGAUCGUGAAAUCCCCAAAGAACUCGCGCAUGAAGAUGCUGCUACCAAACCAGAAGAGCUUCAAGAUCUCCAAACCCUCGAGGAGACGUCGCAAGAACCAUCCGCUUCGGCUAAGCUAGAUGAAUCAAAUGUAAUUGAUGAGCCAAAGAAGGAUGAGGAAGCUCUUACUGAGGGCAUGGUUGACCCUGUGGCCAAUGUACCGGGUGACUUUCCAGGAACCAUCGAGGAACCAGUCUCAACCGAGGCGUUUCCAGAGGAACCCAAGGACGGGCACAAUGCGGCAGAGUUAAAGGAAGUAUCCCAAGAGACUGAAGAAUCCGCCGAGCCUGAGGCCACAUCUGAGCCCCUUGCGACUGAACCAUCCUCUCCCACGGAACAGACUACCGAGAAUGUUGAGCCAGAGUCUGGGUCUUCCAAAUCUAAGAAGAAAAAGAAGAAGCGCAAGACUUUGGAAGCGAUUGGGGAUGUCCCUAUAACAGCUCCCGAACCCUCCGACAGCAAGCUCCAAGAUGAGACCCAAGCCCAAGUCGUCGAACCUACCACCUCAAAUGUGAAAGAAACAGAACCUGAGGAGCCUAUGCAGGAGCAAGCCUCCGAAAAGCAGGAGGACGACAACGAGGCCAAGUCGUCGAAAGCGAAGAGAAAGGCAAAGAAAGACAAGAAACGUCAGUCCAAUAUCCAAGCUCUUGAAGAAGACGCCGCCUUGAACGCUGCAUCUGAAGAUAAACCUCAGGACCCGUUGAGCCCGGUAGAAACAGCCCCGAUUGAAGAAUUGUCGCGAGAUACAAUCGAAGAGCCCAUGGAACUACCCACUGGGACGGCAUUCGCACCUGCUGAAGAUGACGGUAAAGAAAAUCAGUCCCACGACACCGGAUUGCACGGCGACCACGAUAAAGAUUUGACUUGGACUGAUAACAAGGUGUCUUCGCAGGUAGAGCAACAGCAAGAAACACCUUCCACGUACCCAUCCCAGCCCGAGCAUGAGAGCACUGAAGCCGACCCAGCGCUUGUCACCGUCGAACAAAUCGAAGCCCCCAGUGUUGAAGCCGAUGUGGCCGAAGACAGUCAAGCCCCGGCGGCGAUCGAACUCGAAUCAUCUAGCGACGCACUCAAAGACCUAGAUGAGGAGAUCCUUUCCGAUUCCAUUCAAGACAAGCAAAUUGACAAAACCGAGCUACCCCCCGAUAAAGAAGUAGGUGAAUUAGGAGGCGAAAAAGAAACUACGGAUGCCCUGCCGGCUUUAGAUAAGCCUGAUGCUAUGGAGGAAGCAUUUGUGGAAGAGAAAAUUGAAGAAGCGGAUGCACAGACCGACAAAGAAAUUCCACCCGUCUGUACUGAAAGUGAACCAAUUGACGAGGACAAGAAAGUGGGAGAAAUUAUCCCAGAACCCGAAAUCGAAGUUGAGGCUACCGAGAAGAUCGAGCCCAGCAACGAGCCAAACGCUGAAACGGAAGAGCCUGAGCCGUCAGUAUUGCCGAGAAAGCUGAGCAAGAAGCAAAAGAAGCAGCAGCGCCAAGCUCAGAAGGCUGCAAAUCUGCAGGAGCAAGCAGAAGAAGAGAUCGCGGCAUCCAGCGAAGAGCCGACGAUUCCGACUAGUUUAGUCGAUGAGCUUUCUGGGCCCGCAGCCUCUGAAGUAGUUGAACAGCCAGUUGUUGUCGCAGAAAAUGUUGUGCAACAAGUUGAAGCACCAGUCGUUGGAACUACUGAAUCGGCCGCCGUUUUUGAAGCCGAUACAGACAAGAUAGAAAUUUCAGAGGUUCCUAUUGAAUCGACGGCGGAAAAAGACGAAAUCACAACCCCGGCUCCUCCUAUUCCCUUUGAAGAGCCUCAGCUGAGCAACGCGGUGGAGAUAUCUAUACUGGCAGAACCCUCACAGGAAACGCCUACUCCGGUUCAAGACGACUCUGAAGAUCUACGGCCAGUAACCACGAAAAAGAAAAACAAGAAGAACAAGAAAAAGGCUGCAAUUCAAGAACCCCAGCCAAGUGAUACUGGCGCAAAAAUAGAUCCAGCAGCAGUUUCCGAGCAAGUUAGGCAGCAUGAUGCCGAAGAAAAAGUUGUGGAACUCGUUGAGGAACUGAAAGAAGCGCCCCUACAAUCUACUGAAGACAAGGACCUGUCGAAAGCCGACAAUGAGAUCACUUUGGAAGAGCCCGCUGUUGAAGAAGAGAUUAGCGUUCCGCCUGCUACUCUUGAGGAGGAACCAUCUCCUUCAGGAAGUUUGAGCCUCAAGGAGUCCAAGAAAAACAAGAAGGCCAAAAAGCAAGCUAAAAAGCAGCUAGAGGUGAUUCCUGCUCCUCCUGUUACUGACAUUGAAGCCGACGAGGUAACUACAGAUAUCAAACCCGCGGAUGUAGGAGAGGAUGCCAGUCUACACGUUGUGGAAGCUCAGCAACCACAAGAUGAGCAGGCCAGCCAUAUUGAAGCCCCAGAUGAAACUUGUGCUCCUCUAGAAACUACCAUGGAAUCGGACCCUCUCUUUGAAGCUCCUGUUUUAAAAGGGGAAGAAGUAAUGGAAGAGGCCGAGAAAAAAGGUGUGCCUGAACCUCAGGAGCAGGAGCAGGAGCAGGAAGUACUUGGGGAACCUGUUGAUCAAGCCGUUCAAGAAAAGGAGUUGGAAGAGGCCAAGGAUCAAGAUACUCAACCUGCUGGGCCUGAGAUCGAGCAGUCUGUGUCAAGGAAGCUAUCGAAAAAGGAAAAACGCAGGCUUAAGAAACAGGCUGCCGAGGAAGGUCCCAUUGAGGAGCCGCAACUAGAGCCCGAAGCCCCAGACGAGCCAGAUGUUUUGAUUCCAGAGCCAACUGCGGAAGAGUCAACUGUGUUAGAUCCCAAACAAGCGAAGGAAGACGACUUUUCCCCUCCCAGGAAGCUUUCGAAGAAAGAAAAAAAGAAGAAGCGCAAGGGAGACACAGAUGUUGAUCUUCCGCAACAGAAAAGUGUACAGGAUGUGGAGAAUGCCAGUGAACAGUCUCCCGAGCAAGAACAAGAACCGCCGGUCAUCGAGGCGAUCCGUUCUGCUGGGGACGACGACACAUGGCCUCAGAUAGACUGGGAAAAAGAAAUCCCUGGAUAUAAAGAGUCUGCCAUUCCGGAGGCUCUCAUGAACCGCCCAGACGAAACGAGCGGUUACGAGAGAGGAGAGUAUAUUAAUCAACAAAAUGCUGAGGCUGAUAAAGUUCUCAAUACGCCAGCCGCAGAUAUCGAUCAAGAGACAAGCACAAAAGAACUCGACACAACUCUGGACAACGCCGAAGUAAUCUCACACAAGCAAAGCAAGGUUUCCAGUAUCUUUCCAGACCUUGAACGAGCGUUGUUCCGACGACCAAUUUUGAACCAGGUGUCCGAGGCGGUAAAAGAUGGGGCUGAGGAAGAGACCAUGACCCAGGAAGCGAUUCGCAACAGUGCGAUCCAGGUCUCGGAGGCUCCUAUCGCGACCGUAGAACCCAGGGGGGCCGGGUAUAUUCCCAGCCCAUCGCUGGCGCAGGACGAUGUCUUUGGAAUUACUGCUACGACACAGGAGCUACCAGAGGAAUCUACAAGAGGGCGACAGUUGGAGCGUCAUACCUCUAACGACAAGCUAUACGAUGUUCCUAAAGCACGAAAGGAAGGAGACAGUUCAAUCCAGAUUGAAGAAGAGGGCUUAUUUGGUCGGGAAGCUACACAUCGACCUCCUCAUCACGAGAUUCCUUUGGGUGCGCCAUUGUCUAUGCAUGAACCAUCGUCUCUGCCUGCUACCGAAGCAGAGCAGCGAGAGGACAACCCCAUCCCUUCCUGCGAGCUUCGCCGAUCACCAUCAAUUCAUGGGCGACAUAGUCCUGUUCGACGAGCUUGGUCUCUAGAAGAAGAUGACGAGACCGAGACCACCACGCAGGCCGGGGCAGAACGAGGCAUGGGCUCACCAUCCAGGACACCGCUCCAAACUAUUUCUGAGCAAGAAGCCGAUGACCGAGUGGAGAAAACCAACAAAAUGUCAGGGUCAGGGUCCAUGGUUCAAGAGCACGGAACGCCCCGUUUAGAGAUGAAGCCUGAGCAUAUCCUUCCACGACCCGAAACCCCCGUCAGGAAAUUUACCGAAAAUGCAUUGGGACGUCGUGCAUGGCCAACAUCAGAAGGCCAGCAAUUGUCUGACCAAGCGGACGAGGACUGGGAGGCAGCUGUGCGAAAGCGCGGUCCACGGACCCUAUCGCCAGAGCGCGGAUUGCCUACUGAGAUGCUCAAAACGCCUGAAACCGACAAACCUGUACUACGACCAAGCAGCUCGGGCAGCAACCACUCGCAGCCUCUCCGGCGAAUCGCUCACAGCACCAGCGGGGACUUGCGGGCAGCAGCACUCGCAGCGGCUGGCGUAAUAGCCAGUCAAGCGCCUGCGGGUGAGCACCAAUCACGGCCAAACACACCCCAGCCCCCUUCUCGCUCCCCCACCGACCUGGACGUCGAACAGAUCGCUUCCUCUUCUUCCUACGACCCGGUCACCGACAAGGGCAAGCGCCCUAUUCGCAAUAUGACGGACGUGUAUGAGGGCUGGGGGGAGACUCCAAGUUCGCCCCGGUCGCCUAGCCGACCGCCGAGUAUUCGGCACCGUCGAAGUAUGCAACAUCUCCAAGAGCUCGAAUUUCGCCUCGAUCAACUGAUCUCCGAGAACCGUGCCCUCUCUGCUGCUCGUGACGCUGCUGAGGGUAAGCUACGAAAUGCCAGCCUCGCCCGUCGAAAGAGCGACCACGCCCUCAACUCCCGCGAUGCCGACCUGCGCGAUCGGGAAUCAGAACUUGAACAACUCAAGAAAUCUGUCGAGUGGUUCCAGAAUGAGGUCACGCGACUAACUGAAGAAAACAAAGGGUUGUCUACUACAAACGCCGGCCUUAUUGCCGCCCAUGCUGUGGAGAUCCAGGAUACGCGACAAACCUCAAGCCGCGAACUGGAGGAACUCCGUUCCCAGAACGAGCGCCUGUCGAGUGACCUGCACGGUCGGAUAAAACAAGAAAUCGAAACAGCAUUGGCCCAGAAGAAUACCGAACUGCGUCGUCUCCGGGAAGAGCUGGAGAGCGCUCGAGACAAGGUCAAGGAACUCCAGCAACAGAUCGCAGCGUCGAUGCAAGACAAUGUCAUCGCCUUCAGGGACGAGGAAUACUUCAGCGCUGCAUCACAGAAGCUCUGUGGACACGUGCAACAGUGGGUCCUGCGCUUCUCCAAGCAUUCCGAUCAUCGUCGCUGCCGCAAACUUAUGGAGCUACAAGACGAGAAGAUUGCCGACCGGUUUGACAAUGCCAUUCUAGAUGGCUCGGACACUGAUUCCUACCUUAGUGACCGUGUCCGGCGACGCGACGUGUUCAUGUCCGUCGUCAUGACAAUGGUAUGGGAGUUCAUCUUCACCCGUUAUCUCUUUGGCAUGGACCGCGAGCAACGCCAGAAGCUCAAGUCCUUGGAGAAACAACUCAUCGAGGUUGGCCCACGCAACGCGAUCCACCGCUGGCGAGCCACUACUCUCAGUCUUCUAUCGAAGCGGCCCACUUUUGCAAGACAACGCGAGAGCGACACUGAAGCGGUUGCUUUGGAAAUUUUCGACACUCUCUCUCGCCUUCUCCCACCCCCGUCCCACGUGGAGAGCCAGCUGCUAGAAUCUCUGCGCAAGGUUCUCCGGGUUGCCGUGAACCUGUCCAUUGAAAUGCGCACCCAGCUGGCGGAGUACAUCAUGGUGCCUCCAUUGCAGCCGGAGUACAACACCAACGGCGAUCUCGCCCGGCAAGUGUUCUUCAAGGCUUCGCUUAUGAACGAACGCAGCGGCGAGACUACUUCCAAUGAAGAAUUAGAAUCCCAGCAAGCGGUCGUCCGGGUCGUCCUAUUCCCCUUGGUGGUGAAGAAGGGGAACGACUCGGGCAAUGGUGAUGACGAACGAAUCGUCUGCCCGGCCCAGGUGCUCGUCGCACGACCUGGCAAAGACCGGAAACUUUCGACGAUGGCGAGCGGCGACCGCAUGUCCCUUGACGCAUCCAAAUCAGUCCACAGCAUCGCGCCGUCGUCGGUUAUGGACAUGAGCAAUGUGAUAUGA